UUUUUUUGCUUAUUCUAUGGUGUAACCCUGUUUUUAUCUUAAAAUGUCAAAGUCGAAGUAUUUUAUUAUUCCAAACAAAACAAAAUUUUAUAGCAGUAAUUUUAUUUUAUACUUAAUAGUCAUUCCUUAUCAGUAUCCAUGUAAUGAUUUAUGGUAAAAUGUCUGUUUUAUUCUCUUCGAUAACUUCGGUUUUACGUUUAGGACCAAGAGAAUAUGUAAGACAAAAAUUCAAAUUACCAUUAAUAAAAUUUAUACAUGAUACAUUAAAGUUGUAUAAGACUCGGACAAAAGCAGGAGUGGAUACUAUUAAAGAAGUUUUAUUUAGAGGUACAGUGAUAGCUUUAAUAACAGCCCUUUUAGUUUGGUUAUCAAUAUUUAUGUACGUCGCAUUUUAUUAUGUAUACGUACCAGCAGUAUCACAUGAACGUCCAGUGCACUUAAAAUUUAAGCCAUGUGGGGCGACAGAUCAGUAUACAGUUGAAAAAAAAGCGAUUUGUAGUUUUCCUUCUGCACACGUAAAGCUAACAAAGAAACAGCAACUCUUAAUAAAUGGACAAGCAUACAAAAUACACUUAAAUUUAGAAAUGCCAGAAUCACCUGCCAAUCGUGAACUAGGUAUGUUUAUGGUAUGUGUAGAAUUUAUGGGUAAAAAUGGAAAUCUUCUAAAUAAUUCCUGUAGAUCUGCAAUGCUGCACUACAGAGGAUUAAUACUGGAUACUCUGUACAAGUUAUUCUUCAGUCCUUUUUAUAUUCUGGGUUCAGCAGAAGAGAAACAGACUGUUAAAAUUGAACUUUUUGCAGAUUAUGAAGAAAGAGAAGAUGAACCAGUGACUGAUAUUUUUAUUGAAAUACAAACCCGAAAUAUUGAAGUUUAUUCAGCCAAAUUCACAGUAGAUGCUCAGUUUAGUGGAUUGCGGUAUGUGAUGUUCCAUUGGCCAGUUGUAUCUGCAGCCAUGGGUAUUACCGCUAACUUAUUCUUCAUUGCACUUGUUUGUUUUAUAAGCUGGUAUCAAAUAAUCAAUUCCGAAGAAUAUAUAGAAUAUCUUGAAAUUGAAAAGACUAAAAAGACAGACGAUGAUGAGUGUAAAGGUUUAAAGGUACCAAGUAUCCUGGAUAACGUGUUAGAAAGUGAUCUAGGAACUCUAACCCUACUUCCAGUAUUUGUAGGUUUAGAUGUGGGCUCAUCUGUAUUGUCCUAUUUGAAUAACAACAUUUUGAAUAUUCCUUCAAGGCUUGCAAGAUAUAUUAUUGAUAUUAGUGAAUAUAAUUAUUUUAAACAAAUAGAAACAAAUGAUAUGAAGUUGAGAUAAGUGGUGGUUAGCUAUUGGAUUAAUAUUUUUAAACUAAGUAGAUAAUAUCUUAUUUUUGAAUUUAAUGGAACUUGAAUAUAAAUAAAUUUACACAGAUAUACCAUAUUUGGAUAAUUAAACUGUAGUCUAGUUCAUGUGUGAUUCAUCAUUAGAACUGGAAUGAUUCCAGAAGAAUCUAUUGAAAUAUUUUGACCCAUAAAAAAUUGGAGAAAUAGAAAAGUUUCCACAUUUUAUAGUAAAGGUUUAAAAACUUAAACACCAAUUAAGUUAUAUAAUGAAGAGAUUCUUAAAGAGAGUUUCGCUUUCCAAAAAGCGUAUUUCUAAAUAGGAGCAUAGAGGUUUAUUUUCAAAAAAUAAAAUUUUAAUAAUGGAGGUAGAAUUUUGUGAAAAGUAAAUCAAGCCCCUGGUAAGUAAGUGUAGGUGUACUUUUCUACUAAUUUCCAGUACCAUGUACCAAUGAACUGUCACAUUCGUACCAGAACUGGCUUUUAUAUUAAAAUUCUUCUAGUCCAUACAUUCAAUAAACUCACAUUCACUAUAAUUUUUUUUGUAGAUUCAGAAUCAUCAUAUUCCGUAGAUUAUGAUGAAACAUCAAUGCUAGAAGAAUCGCAUUAUGAGGGUAGAAGAGAAUCCAGAAAUGAGGACUUUGUCGAAAAUGUAGAGUCAUAAAAUUAAUAUAUAAAUAUAAAUAAAAAAAUAAACUGUACAAGUUUUCUAUAUUAGGGACAAAUGUGAUUCACCUUUAUAUAUGUACUAUCAUUUCUAUCUAAAUCUAUCUAAUACUGUGCUGAAUAAAUAAUUUGCUUGGAACUUAUAGGCUGUAAAUUCUACAGUUAAAAUUAAUUUCAUAUGAAAGAGGUUUUACUUAAUUGUCCUUUAAUUUAAUUAAACGAUUUUUAAACUUU